CAGCAGCAUUCGAACGUAUACUGUCUGUCUAAUAUAUCGAGUCAAGGCUGCCGCCGCGUCUGGUCGUCGACAUGGACGUUUGGAUAUUAUUGUCCAUCCUAGCAGGUACCGUCGCUGCGUAUUACUACUUCUUCAAAGAUUUUGAUUACUUCAAGAAGCAUGGAAUUACUCAUAUAUCGCCGUUACCCAUCGUGGGCAACAUGGGACCAGUUUUCUUCCGGCAAUUGCCGUUGGCUGGGCUCGUCAAGAAAAUCUACAAUCUGAACCAAAAUGCCAAGUACGUUGGUUUCUUCGAUGGUAUGAAUCCGAUAGUGGUGAUUCGUGAUCCGGAACUGAUCAAGUCCAUCGGUAUCAAACACUUCGAAUCGUUCACCGAUCAUCGCGCUUUCAUUGACGAAGUGAAUGACCCGCUGUUCGGUAAGAAUCUAUUUUCGCUACGCGGCGAGAAGUGGCGAGACGUGAGGACUCUACUGAGUCCCGCUUUUACGUCCAGCAAAAUGAAGAAUAUGUUUACGUUAAUGUCCGAUUGUGCUGCAAAUUUUACUGAAUUUCUGUCCAAAUUACCUUCGGACGAAACUGUAAUGGAAGUGAAGAAUUACUUUACCAGAUAUACAAAUGAUGUGAUUGCGACGUGUGCUUUCGGAAUUAAAGUCGAUUCUAUGAGAAAUCCCAACAACGAGUUCUACGUUUACGGAAAAGACGCUACAACUUUCAACGCAUGGCGCACUAUAAAAUUUUAUCUAAUAAGAAGUUUACCUCUUUGCACCAAAAUGGUGGGCCUCAAAUUUGUCAGCAAUCCCGUAGCUGUAUUUUUCAAGAAUCUUGUACAAAACACAAUAAAAGCCAGAGAUGCGCAGAACAUCGUACGACCGGACAUGCUGCAACUGAUGAUGGAAAGCAGAGGAAAAAGAGGACCUGGAAAAGAAUUGACUAUUGAAGAUAUGACGUCGCAGGCUUUUAUAUUUUUCUUUGGCGGUUUUGAUACCGUUUCUGUCACAAUGUGCUUUGCCGCUCACGAACUUGCCGUUAAUCCAGACAUUCAAGCGAGAUUACGCGACGAGAUAGACGGUGUUCUCAAAUCAUCAAACGGGACAGUGACGUAUGAGGCAUUAAACGAAAUGCAGUAUCUGGACGCUGUAGUUAACGAGACUCUUAGAUUAUGGCCUGUAGGGGUGUUUUUAGAUAGAAUAUGUACGCAGGAAUUCGAAUUACCGCCAGCGGUGCCCGGCGGCAAACCUUUCGUUGUGAAGAAAGGAAGGAGCAUUUGGUUUCCGGCUUACGGUCUUCAUCAAGAUCCACAGUAUUGGGAGGAACCCGAGAAAUUUAAUCCUGAUCGAUUUUUCGACAAGAAAAAUAUAAAUUCAAUUGCGUUUAUUCCAUUUGGACUCGGCCCAAGGAUGUGCAUAGGCAACAGAUUCGCGUUAUUGGAAGUCAAAGUAUUGCUGUUUCAUCUGUUGGCUCGUUGCGAAUUAAAACCAUGCGAAAAAACUAGUCACCCGUUACAAUUGAGCAAGUCAAAUUUUGCCAUGCAACCGGAGAAUGGAUUCUGGCUGAAAAUUCAACCAAGAAGCGACGCAAGUGUUACGUCUAAUGGUACGGCCAAUGGUCACAUUUAAAAAUAUGAUAGAGGGAUUCUUUUUUAAAUUUGUUGUGAUGCAGAUUUAAAGUAGAUAAUAUUUGGAAAACAGAUAUGUGAGCUUUUUGUAGCGUGUUUCAAUGAAUUGCGUGUCCAAUCAAUAAUAGCAGAUCAAGGAAUAGUGUGCGUUUAACACACUUUAUUAAACAAGUGUUUAAACUUAAGAAACACGCUUUGCACACUUUAAUAAACACCGCGUGUGCUUUGUUGCAUCAAAGUACUGUUGUGCAAGUAAAAGAAAUAUUCUUAAGCACGUCCAAAGCAGAAUAAAGUCAAAAAAAAAAAAAAAAAUUAUACUACUAAUUGUCAUAUUCAUACAAGUUUGAGCCUGCUUAAAAUGUUAAAAAAAAAAAUAUACUAUUUUCUUGAUUUUCCUUUUCUGUUCUGAUUCCUUAUAGUGUAAAUAUGUACUCAUACUGUAAACAUAUACAUCUUUCAUUAUUAACAAGUUUUGCAGAACAAUACAUCUUAUACAUCUUACAUCUUAGACUAUAUGUAAUGCAUUUGUUUGCUAUUGUAUAAUUUGCAUUUUUUUUAAUAUGAGAGAAAUGGUUUUACAAUAUACAUAAAAAAUACGUGACGAGAUAAACGAGGUUUCAAAAGUGCAAUAAGAUAACUUCUAUAAUAACGUGAUAACUUUGAGAAAAACGUCAUAAAUUGAUAAAUCAAUUGAGUGAUAUCACAGUAAAAUAGUGUCAACUACAUAUGUGCACUUGACUGAAGUCAAGGUUAUAAUGAAUGUGAUGAAACAAAGACAGUCGUAUGUCUAAUUUCGAAUCCAAGCUAGUCAGCUAAUCGUAAUCUUUUUGUUAUUGCGUAAUAUAUACUAUCUGUACAAUAAAUUUACUGAUAAAUGCGUA